AACUGUCGAACGUGGCGAAUUGGGAAAUUAUGUCAUUACAAUUUGCAAAUUUGCUUUACUCACAAACGCAGCAAUAUUGUAAGCGGUAAUUUGCAAAUUGUAAUAAUAUCAUUUCCCACCUCAGCACGUUCGGCGUGCAAGGUGGAAAAAGGCGUCAUUUCCAGGGGACAAUAGCGAGUAGCUUAGCAACAAGCUAGCCUGUGACGUUAGUGAUAACUCUAAUGUUGAUGGUUACCUUCUCAAAACAGAAAUUAGUAUGGUCGAUCAGUUUAACCAAGUACUGUGUAUCUAUAUUAACGGAUAUAAAGUCAAUACUGCUAUAAAUUAAUUUAAAAGUAGAGAAAGAGCAUUUUACACAAUUCACAGUGUGCACGGUCACGUUGAUUUGACGUCACUCCGUAAACAGGGUAAACAGUGGUAGUUGAGGCUACCACAAGUUGGCGAGGUGAAAUUUCAAGUUGUCGCGGCCUUUUGUGGCUUUUACCAGUUGUACGCGGGGAAUUACAAGUUGCAACUUCGCCUCGAACGCAGCAAUAUAAAUACGCUAAGAUAUCUUUUACUGAAAAUACACGGCUCGAACUCUGGCUAAGCUUGUCGAUGUUUUGAUUCAUUUUUUUGGAUUCGCUGCAAAUGGGCAGAAUGAGUCUGUCGUUAAGGGCCGAUCUAUCUGCUGACAAGAAUAAACAAAAGAAGAGAGAACUAACUGAUGAACAGAAGGAUGAGAUUAAAGAAGCGUUCGAACUCUUUGACACCGAUAAGGAUAAAGAAAUAGACUAUCAUGAACUAAAGGUGGCAAUGAGAGCUCUUGGUUUUGAGGUGAAGAAAGUUGAUGUUAUGACGAUCUUAAAAGACUUCGACCAAGGAGGCACUGGAAAAAUAACUUAUGAAAUUUUCAAAGAAGUUGUGACAGACAGGAUAUUGGAUCGGGACCCAAAAGAAGAAGUUCUGAAGGCAUUUAAGCUGUUUGAUGAUGAUGACUCUGGGAAGAUCAGCCUGAAGAACCUGCGGCGUGUGGCUAGAGAGCUAGGAGAAGACAUGAGUGAUGAAGAGCUGAGGGCUAUGAUUGAUGAGUUUGACACUGAUGGAGAUGGUGAGAUUAGUCAAGAGGAGUUCCUUUCUAUUAUGACCGAAGACUCCUGAGCUUUACAGCGUGAUCAGCUCUUACCAAACAGACUGUAGCAUGUGGACCUCAGUCAUGAUAUGGCUUCAUGUUCAGAAAAGACGCUUAAAAAUGUAAUCACUAGUGUGUACACCCUGUAAAGCUUCAUUUGACUACUACAGAGAGGUACUAGAUUUCUGUUUCACAAGAUGUUAGUAAUGUAACAGUAAAUGUUCUAAAUGCUGAAUAUUCUUAAGCAUUGGAUAAUGUGACUACCACCGAUGAACAGUAACUGAGCGAUUAAAUCUGGUAUCAUUUCUGUAGUUUGUUAUGUUGCUAGUGAAGUUAAAUAACUCAGUUUUGGUGUUGA